AAAAAACUCCAUUAAUUGAAGAAGAAAAAAAAGAAACCGAAGAAAAAAUACUAUUAAUCAAUAAUAUCAAAAACACUAUUGAUAAAAAAACUGAAAAAAUUAAUGAACUCGAUGCUGAAAACAAAGAACUCAAAAAUUAA